AUGUGGUCUUCUCUUAUGUGUCCUGAGCAUCUGAAAUCACCUGACCGGUCUGAGAAAUCUCCCGGUGGCUCCUGUAUUGCUGAGGAGCUUAAGGAGGAACUUCAGAUGCUGGUCUCCAUUGAGGACUAUGGAGAAGAGGUGGAAGAAGGAGCAGUGUAUAAAGUCACCUUGAAAACAGUGCACAUAAAGCAGGGGGCUCACAAAGGAGCAAGGUGUCUAGAGGUUGAGGAGGACAAACAGCCUCCAGAACAUAUAUUGUGCACAGAUGGAAUGUUCAAAAUACGGAAGAUCAUAGCGGGGACUUUGGACAAGCUUAUGGAGGCCUUAAUAACACCUUCUACCACCAAUGACGUCAACUACGUCAAUGUUUUUUUGUCCACAUACAGGGGGUUUGCGUCCACUGCAGACGUCCUGAACCUCCUCCUCGACAGAUAUGAAAACAUGGAAGCAUCUGCGGAGGACAAAAGUGAAGUCGAGAAGGCAAUAACUUCCGUCCUAACGGCCUGGCUGGAACGGUAUCCAGAUGAUUUCCUGGAGCCACCCGCCAACGUCUCUCUGAGGAAACUGUUAGAUUUCCUGGCUCUUAACAUGCCUGAUUCCAGUGUAGAAAAAAAGGCAAUGCAACUGCUGGAGCAGGCGGAACGAGAACCGGUGUCUGACAAGCCUUCUAUUAUAGCAGCUGAUGAGCUGGCCCUUGAAGAAGAAGCUGGGGGGUCAGAAGAGUUCUCUGCGUUUCCAGAGGACCUCAUUGCAGAGCAACUGACGCUCAUCGAUGCCGAGCUGUUUAAGAGAGUGAUACCCCACAACUGCUUGGGCUGUGUCUGGUCUAACAGGGACAAGAAGGAACAUCAGCAUUUGGCUUCCACCAUCAGAGCCACGAUCAACCAAUUUAAUGCAGUGACCAACUGCGUCACCGCUACCAUCUUGAAUAAUAAGGCGGUAAAAACGAAGGCUCAACGAGCAAGGAUAAUUGAAAAAUGGAUCAACAUUGCACUUGAAUGCCGGCUCCUGAAGAACUUCUCGUCCUUGAAAGCCAUAAUAUCUGCCCUGCAAUCCACCUCAGUCUAUCGGCUGAAAAAGACCUGGGAAAAAGUCUCCAAGGCAAUAACUUCCGUCCUAACGGCCUGGCUGGAACGGUAUCCAGAUGAUUUCCUGGAGCCACCCGCCAACGUCUCUCUGAGGAAACUGUUAGAUUUCCUGGCUCUUAACAUGCCUGAUUCCAGUGUAGAAAAAAAGGCAAUGCAACUGCUGGAGCAGGCGGAACGAGAACCGGUGUCUGACAGUAAGUGUAGUGUCCCCACAGUGUCCUUUUCACCUGAACUGGCCCUUGAAGAAGAAGCUGGGGGGUCAGAAGAGUUCUCUGCGUUUCCAGAGGACCUCAUUGCAGAGCAACUGACGCUCAUCGAUGCCGAGCUGUUUAAGAGAGUGAUACCCCACAACUGCUUGGGCUGUGUCUGGUCUAACAGGGACAAGAAGGAACAUCAGCAUUUGGCUUCCACCAUCAGAGCCACGAUCAACCAAUUUAAUGCAGUGACCAACUGCGUCACCGCUACCAUCUUGAAUAAUAAGGCGGUAAAAACGAAGGCUCAACGAGCAAGGAUAAUUGAAAAAUGGAUCAACGUUGCACUUGAAUGCCGGCUCCUGAAGAACUUCUCGUCCUUGAAAGCCAUAAUAUCUGCCCUGCAAUCCACCUCAGUCUAUCGGCUGAAAAAGACCUGGGAAAAAGUCUCCAAGCGCAGUAUGGCUCUGUAUGAAGAGCUGGCAGGAAUUUUUUCAGACGAAGACAACCACAUGACGAGCCGGCUGCUACUGAUGAAGGAAGCAACUUCUAAAUAUGCAACCGCUGACAAGAAGGAGAGCCGGCGGAGAAGUCGGAAGCGACGGCAAAAAUUCAAAGAUAUGGGCGUGAUCCAGGGCACCGUUCCUUAUCUGGGGACUUUUCUGACGGACUUGACAAUGCUCGACACAGCUCUGCAAGACUACACUGAGGGAGGGCUAAUAAACUUUGAAAAGAGAAGAAGGGAGUUCGAAAUACUUGCUACGAUCAAGCUUCUUCAAUGCUCCUGCAACGGCACCUGGGUCUGUCCAGACCCCAGAUUUAUUAGUUGGUUUAAGGGCCUGGAGAAACUGACAGAAAAGGAGAGUUACGCCCUGUCCUGCGAGGCCGAAACACCUGCCAGCAGAAGAAACCAACCGGCCAAACCUCUUCGGCGGCUGAGUCCGUGA